AUCUCACAGUAGCAACAAGCAGUUUACCUCGCUAGUAAAUGGAUUAUACCGUCUCCCUCCAAGUGCAGCAUCAGUUAAAGGUGUUCCCUACUCACCUGUACCAGGACUACAGUUUGGAAUUACAGAUGAAGUCUACAGAAGUGGAGCAGGAACUGUUUACUGACAGCUACUGCAAAGUGUGCAGUGCCCAGCUUAUCUCUGAGUCCCAGAGAGUCGCCCACUACGAGAGUCGGAAGCAUGCCAACAAAGUGCGUCUGUUUUACAUGCUGCAUCCUGUCGACGGGGGCUGUCCUGCGAAGAGACUCCGGACGGACAACGGAAGCGAGGACGGAGAUGUGGACAAGAACAAAUGUUGCACGCUCUGCAACAUGUCGUUUACAUCAGCAGUGGUGGCGCAGUCUCAUUACCAGGGAAAAAUCCACGCCAAGAGGCUAAAGCUACUGCUAGGGGAGCAGCCUGCCAUAACAAAAGAGGUGCCGCCCAGUCCGGUGAAGACCCCAGAGAUCAUGCCCGCGGUCACUUCGCCCCGGGAGCGGCGAGACUCUGAUCGGUACUGCCAGCUCUGCAACGCCUGGUUCAACAACCCGGGCAUGGCACAGCAGCACUACGAUGGCAAAAAGCACAAGAAGAACGCAGCACGGGCGGACCUGCUGGAGCAGCUGGGCAAGACAAUAGACCUGGGGGAGCUCAAAGCUCUGAAACGCAGUUACACCUGUGAUGUCUGUAGUGUGACGCUAAACUCAGUAGACCAGUACCACGCACACCUGCAGGGGUCCAAGCACCAGAACAACCUAAAGAACCUGUUAUGAGCCGUUGCGGUAGACGAAAGAAAGGAAGGAUCAGCUUCGACUGGGUGAUAAAGCUAGACCCGGGACCACCAGGAACCCCGUGUGUGUACAUGUGUGUGCGUGUGUGUGUGUGCGUGUGUGAUGUGUGCGUGUGUAUGCGCCCCAGCAAAGAAAACUGUGUUUUGGAUUUCACUUCCGAAGCACAUCUGAACUACCAGCCCGACACUCCCUCCUGUUUUCGGAUCUUGUUUUUCCUGGAUCCUGAAUAACCCUGGAUCUAGCCUUUGCCAGCCAUGGAUUCAAGCUUUGUCCUUGAGUACCACUGGGACCAGCAGUGAAUACUGGUGCUGCCCAGCUUGUGAGGCAGAAUACAGAAGACUUUUGCUAGAGGCAAGCCAAGCGUCACUGCUCUGGAUACCUAGUGGUGGCAAUUCAGCUGACAACAACAUUUUGAUCAGGCCGUUAAUGUGUUGGCUAAUACUUUACAUUAAGUGGCCGGGAUUCAAUACAAUAUUUAUCAGAUGUUAUAUGAUUUCUUAUUGAAUCGAUCAGUUUUUUGAUCUGAGUGUGUUCCUUUUAUUGUGUACUACUACUGCUAUUAUGACUACUAAUACUAAUACUUUCAAACCCGUAGCAACUUUAGAAAUGUCGCCUGUUUUCAGUCUGCCAGCAAAUCGUUUUUGCACGUUUUCUAUCUUUCAACAAAGUCGGUUUGCUGGUUAUUUUUAGAGGCUGGCAAACGUGAUUUUAGCUGAACUAGUGGUUAAAGAGUUUAUCAAUAUGUAAUCUAUAACUGUGUAAAAAGAUGUUCCACACACGUGUGUGUGUGUACAGCUCUGGAAAACAUUAAGAGACCGCUGCAAAAUUAUCAGUUUCUCUGGUUUUACUAUUUAUAGGUAUGUGUUUGGGUAAAAUGAACAUUUUUGUUUUAUUCUAUAAACUACUGACAACAUUUCUCCCAAAUUCCAAAUAAAAAUAUUGUCAUUUAGAGCAUUUAUUUGCAGAAAAUGACAACUGGUCAAAAGAACAAAAAAGAUGCAGUGUUGUCAGACCUCGAAUAAUGCAAAGAAAAUAAGUUCAUAUUCAUUUUUAAACAACACAAUACUAAUGUUUUAACUUAGGAAGAGUUCAGAAAUCAAUAUUUGGUGGAAUAACCCUGAUUUUCAAGCACAGCUUUCAUGCGUCUUGGCAUGCUCUCCACCAGUCUUUCACAUUGAUGUUGGGUGACUUUAUGCCACUCCUGGCACAAAAAUUCAAGCAGCUCGGCUUUGUUUGAUGGCUUGUGACCAUCCAUCUUCCUCUUGAUCACAUUCCAGAGGUUUUCAAUGGGGUUCAGGUCUGGAGAUUGGGCUGGCCAUGACAGGGUCUUGAUCUGGUGGUCCUCCAUCCACACCUUGAUUGACCUGGCUGUGUGACAUGGAGCAUUGUCCUGCUGGAAAAAACAAUCCUCAGAGUUGGGGAACAUUGUCAGAGCAGAAGGAAGCAAGUUUUCUUCCAGGACAACCUUGUACUUGGCUUGAUUCAUGCGUCCUUCACAAAGACAAAUCUGCCCGAUUCCAGCCUUGCUGAAGCACCCCCAGAUGAGUCCAAUUUUCAGCUUUGCCCAACACCUGGUCGUCUAUUGGUUAGACGGAGACCUGGAGAGGCCUACAAGCCACAGUGUCUCGCACCCACUGUGAAAUGUGGUGGAGGAUCGGUGAUGAUCUGGGGGUGCUUCAGCAAGGCUGGAAUCGGGCAGCUUUGGCAUGAAUCAAGCCAAUAUAUAAUGUAUAUAUAAUAUAUAUAUAAUCUUCAACUAUUCCCAAAUAGUCAAUGAAUAAUCAAAAACUAAAACCCCUAAUUAUUACCCGAAAUGUAUAAUUAUGUACCAAGUCUUGCAGUUACUACAUGGUGGUUGAGGAGGAUUCCUAUUGAGGAAAAUGCUAAAUUCAAUAACUUCAAAAAAGGCCAUUAAACCAGUGGUUAAAGAUACUUCAUUGUUUUCAAAUAUUUGCCCACUGAAAUAAAAUAUUCAAAUAUCUCAAUUAAUUGAUCAAAUUAAAUCUAAUUGAAAUAGAGCAGUUUCCAAAAGAUAAUUGAGUUGUUAACAAGGACAGGACUUAACCUGCUUAGAAUGCAGGAUAAUAAUUAGGCUGCAGUGUGUUACAGUUGCAUAUUUAUGAAGAGUUUAAAGUAUUUCAAUGGAUUUCAACUACUUUACUCAUAUUUAAAUAUUUUCAAAUAAUAAUUGCUUUCCACAAACCAUAUUUAAAUAUUUCCAAAUAAUAGUUACUUUCUGCAAUCUGUGUUUAAUUAUUUUCAAAUAAUAGCUACUUUCUGCAAUCUGUGUUUAAUUAUUUUCAAAUAAUAGUUACUUUUCACAAACCAUAUUUAUAACUAUAUUUAUCCCAGUUCUGGUGCCAGCAAUUAGGAUUCCCCAGGCAAGCUCAGACAAGGAUUCUGCAGACAAGUCAGGUAAAGUCACAUUCAGUAACAGCUUAUUAAUAAGAUAAUCAAGGCUUUUAAAAUCAAUGUUAUUUCUUCACAUAGCAUUGUCAUGCAAUGGAAAUCUUAGCUCCUUUUUAAGAAGAGUAAAGAAUAAUUUCGCUUGGAGUGAAACUGACCUACAGCCACAGGAAGUGGUUAAGUACCAGGAAGAAGUCGCUGGCUUUAACAUUGUAUUUGAAAUAGCUCUGCCUAUUUUGCAUACACUGUAUACAAAGCAAAGGAUCUUUAACAUAAGGCGGACCAGUGGUGUAGCAGGACGGAGGCUGGGCACCACAAGGGAGCGUCUUAAUCACAGUGCAAUAGAGCCGGCCUCGUCUGCAUUCAUGGUUAUAGAGCUGUUACCCGACUGGGGACAGAAUCCGUAACAGCAGUGUAUUAUUAUUAUUUGUUUAUUUAACAGACGCCUUUAUCCAAGGCGACUUACAGAGACUAGGGUGUGUGAACUAUGCACAGCUGCAGAGUCACUUACAACUAUGUCUCACCUGAAAGACGUAGCACAAGGAGGUUAAGUGACUUGCUCAGGGUCACACAAUGGGUCAGUGGCUGAGGUGGGAUUUGAACCGGGGACCUCCAGGUUACAAGCCCUUUUCUUUAACCACUGGACCACACAGCCUCCGUAUCACACAACACUGCCCGUUACACUAAUGCUGAUUAGUGAGAAAAAAAAACAACUUGAUAUCAAAGUGUUAUUACAUCUGGAUCCUUUGUGUAAGACCAAACUUCAUAUUUUUCUGGAAUAAGAAAGUGGAGUUGCAGAGGUUAUGAAGAGAGUUCUAAAAUUUAUUACAGAUUUUUUUUUCCUUGAAUGUUUUAAAAAAAAAGGCUCAUGUUAAAAAAAAAGAUGUAUUGCUGUUAUUAUUUUAUUGUGCUUUGCAUUGUGAUUGCCGUGAAAAGCGAUUUGCAAAACCAAUAUUGUACGUCCUUUAAAGUGAACAAACAGCACAACCUGACAGCGGAGAAAUGUUGGCUUAUUUCACAGUCUAGAAAAAGGAACUUCAAUAUAUAUUCACAAUUCAAACAUAAUGUGUGUGAAAGCAUAUGGUCACGUUGUAGCAUUGUCACAUUUGAAAUGUCAUCAUAUUUAUUUAUAUGUGAUAAAAAAAAAAAUAUUACUCAGAACUAACUAUAAAAUAACUACAUACAUUGUGAAAUCCGUGCUACCAGUGAAAAAAAUACAUCAUGUGCAAAAAGAGAAAGCACUUCUUCCUGUUUCUGAGGAUCUGGUACCCCGAGCACAACUGUUCAUGAGACACGUUUCAUAUUGCAGUAUGCAAAUGUUUCUUUUGUAAGAAGCUGUGUCCUCCAACUGUUAUUGGGUCGUUGUCUCCCCAGCGCAUCACACUGCAGAGGUUGAUAACAAGGUUGUGCCAGUUUCUAAUCUAUGGCUUCAAACACUCGAUCAGAAAGCACUCAAUAAAACAAAAACAAACAAAAAGUUCAUCCCAUUUCAGAUAUCCCUGAAAAUAAUGAGUAUCGACGCAGGGGACUUUUUUGACCUGAAAAAAAGAAACAAGGACCAGGGGUCACAAAUGGAGAUUAGAUAAAGGGGCAUUUAGAACAGAAAAUAAGAGGUACUUUUUUACACAGAGAAUUGUGAGGGUCUGGAACCAACUCCCCAGUAAUGUUGUUGAAGCUGACACCCUGGGAUCCUUCAAGAAGCUGCUUGAUGAGAUUCUGGGAUCAAUAAGCUACUAACAACCAAACGAGCAAGAUGGGCUGAAUGGCCUCCUCUCGUUUUGUAAACUUUCUUAUGUUCUUCUUAUGUAGUUACAAACUGGAUGAUUUUUAGAAAGAAAGAAAGAAUGAGAGAAAAAUUGAGAGAAAAGAAAAAAGAUUUUGAAGUGUCUGUCGGCCACACAAUAACAACACAGUUGAAAAGAGCUGCACUGAAAUAUUAAAAUAGUAUUUUGUAAAAACACUUGACGAUUGGAAGAAUAGGUACAGUACAGAUAACAUUGCAGUCCACAAAAAAAUGUUUAGCCGUGAUGUGAUUUUAAAAAAAAAAAUUAUUUAAUUUUUUUUAAAGAAACACUGCAUACUCAAAACACACUGGUCUUGUGGUAUUGUAAUAUGAAUUCUAAAUGGGAAUCAGUGGUCUUUAAUGGUCUCUAACCCUUUAGAAUAUUACAAAGCCUCAUAUAUUAAAACAGGAGGUGGCCAAAGCUGCAAUGCUGGUCUUUGUUUCAACCCUGUUCUAAAUGGUUUAAUUGAACCCGUGAAACUUCCAUCCAGACCCUGAAGCAAUCGGUGAUAUAACUGUACCUGUUAAACCUGCAGUGGAAUGGCCCUCCAGACUGUGAUUGGACACCCCUGUAUUCAAAUAUUAAAAGAUACAACACUUAUCUGGAUCUGUUGGUCAUUAAUUACUAUGCAUAUUUAGUUGCAUUCCUUACAAAACAGAUACUGCAUUUCAGAAACCUUCUAGUUUCUAUCCAUGCAUGGCCAGUGACCAGGGACCCCACUGGUAAAUGCAUUAAGAACAGGAGUGACCUUUUGAAAUAUUCAUUAUGUGCUGUUGUCGUGUUCACAAAACUAGAUUAACAUAGACACUGAUCAAAUAUAUACUGGGGAUACAUAUUAAUGUGUGCUGACCUUUAAACAAGGGAAACGCCUGAAAGAUUAGGUGUAAAUUGCUCCAGCAAGGCAGCCAAUAGCCAAUAAUAGGUUAUACAUAUAUGGAGUCACUCUUGGAGUUCUGUGUCGGAUUUUCAUCAGGAUACGGAUUGUUGGGAAUGUGGUGACGCAUUCCAUUCUAAAAUGACUUGGGAUCAACAUUCUAAAGAGCUUCAAUAAGCUCUGGGAAUGUCAAGUAUGUCUAUUUUCUAAGUUAAUACGUUGUGCGUAGGAUGUCUCUUAUUGGUAUCAGAGAUACAGUACCAUCGCAUGCAGUUUUGGGGACGCAAAAGGAUACAGGGCUGCUGUGUGAUGGUACAUCUAAAAAGACUUGGGAUCGGAACUGGAAAUGGAUUUGACAAGCCCUGGCAAUUGUUUUAACCCUUCGAUGCCCGAGCAUUUUGUUAAAAGAGGAACGCUAAUUUAUUUAUGUAACUACAGUAGAUUCCCUUGUACAAAACUUUUUUUUUUCCUUGUCCGUCAACGCUGCAGAUACUGCAGAUGAAGAAUUCUGGCUUGUGAGGCUGGAUUUAAUAUAGAGGGGCGGCUAAGCAUUGUAUCAGACGUAAUACAGAACUGGGCUUUGCAGGGUUAAAUAUGUCUAUUUUAUAAGUUAACAAGUUGCAUGUAAGGUGUCUCUUACUGUUACAAGACGUCGCGUGGGCAAGAGGACUACAAAACUGCUGAGCAGAAGGAUUCCUGUUACAAUAUGAGGUAUUAUAAAUCACAAAAUGACUAUUAAACAUAAAACGAUAUACAGAAAUGUUAACAAAAACUUAAUGGGGAUUGGUUGAUUUCCAUUUUCAAAUUUUCCAUUGCCUAGAAUUUUAGGAUUGAUACAUAAUAAUAAAAAAUUUUAGAUAUUUUAUUUAACAUCAUGUAAUCAAAUAAACUACAAAAUGAUAUCGCAAAAGUCUACCGGAAGCCAUAAUAGUAGGACAGUAUUUCAUGUUAGAUUUCAAAAUGUCAAUUCCAUUUUGGUCAGUUUUUUUGUUCAGUAUAUGGAAAACUACAAAGCGGUAUGCAAUUCAAUAUGUUAAGGUAACAUUAGUCAGCAGGUUUCAUUCGACUUUAUGAAGCAAAAUGAGUUCAUUCUAUAGAGUGAUGCAAAACUUUUGGCCAUAGCUGUAGACCAACUAUACUAUUGCUAAGAGUAACAAGGCUUGGCCCUUAUGCAUAUUCAAAAUUAUUGUAACAAAAAAAGUGAAACAAAAUAAUUUUCAUUACAAUAAUGGUCAGUAAUAAUGUUAAUACGUGUUUUUUAAAGCAAUAGCUUUUCAGCAGGCUACUACCAAAAAAUUGCAUUGACUAGACUUAGACCAUCGCUAUCAAUGGACACCAGUUCAUAUAAAAUAUGUCCUAAACACAAAGAGGAUGGUAAUGGAUGAAACAAGAAGUGACAGAAUGGUGACCCAUGACCCCGUUAAGCCAGGAGAAGAAUAAAGAUGCUGAUUUCAAAUCGAUACAGAGCCACUGUGUGGAAUGCCCUGCAUCACUGAGUGCUUCGCUGCAUCUAUAAACAUCUCAUAAGCUAUUCAGUUGUGUCCACUGGCUUUUCCCAUUGGGAGCCAUUGAUCCCCAGAACGCACACUUCACAGGAGGCAGUCAUAAUGGAUACUGCACAUUUCCUGUCUAUAAUACAGUUAUUAUUUGUAUUAUUCUAUUUAUGUACAAUGCUCUUUCUAUAAAAUAUAUCUAUCAGGAAAUUGUGAAAUAUUACAGGCAGUGAAUUUCUAUGAUGCACUUCCAACGUAACCUAACCAUAAAUUAUUUAACUGUGAAAUUAUAGAGGAAGAUUGUAUAUCUUAUGCUGAGUUAUUAAUCUACGCCUUUAAAAAAUAUGUCUUCUUGUUCUUCCAUUUUUUUUAAGCUUGCUAGAACAAAUUUAC